GAAAUAGAGUAAAGAGAGCGAAGAAGAAGGAAACCAGUGCAGAAAAGGGGAGGUUGCAUAUAUAAGAUCAUAUCAGUGUUGAAAGGGUGUAGUCAUGUUCAAAGGCUUUUAGGUGAAGCUGACUGUGGUGCUUUGUCUGCUAAUGGCCUCAGAGGGAGGGAGAGAAUGGAGAUAAUGGCUUGUCUCAGAACUUACAAAUUACUUUAAUGGUAGCAUCUGGUGGUGAAAAAAACUCUGCCAGUAGUCAUUUCUCAAAAAAUAAAUUGGCUCUGAAAGAGGAAUCUAGGGCAUGCGACACGUGUGCCACUGCGUGCUCCUCUGGCAUGCAUUAUGAACAAGUGACACCAAUGGGAGAAAAGGUGAAUGAGUGUUCAGGUGACGCCAAGAAGGGGAAAAAUGGUAACCGUUCCUCUGAUAAUGAUGCCAAUCUGUUGUCUCCUCUAGUUAAUAAUGCUUCCAAUGGAAGACAUCAUGCCAGCAGUGAGACAAGUCACCUUCUCAGUGCAUGUUCUAGUCAUGGAUCUUUCUCUGAAAAUGAAGAGAGUGAAGAGAAUUUGAAGGAUUUUAACCGCUCUGGAGACAAUCAGAUGGUUGUAAAAUCAAGUGUUGCUCAAGCCAAUGAGAAUUGCAGUUCGGUAAAAGCUCCAAUCUUUCAUGAUAAUCGCAUCUCAAGUCAGCCUGAGAAACAGAGGGAAUUGGAAUGCCUUGGAGACAACAUUUCCUGUAUCAGUGGAUCAGACAACAUGAAGAUGAGGGCUGGUAGCCGUACUGGUGAUGCAGACUGGAAAAAUGUGUCUUGUUGCUCUCCGGCUAAUAGCUUUUCUGAGGUUGAAAAGGCUGUUCACAACCAACCUUCUUCUUGUUGCUUGAGUGGUACUCCUUUGGGCAAUGCAGAUCCCAAGAACCAGAAGAGUUUGAGAAGUUUUACCAAAGACUCUUUGCCGGAAAUUUUAUGUUGUUCAAAAGUGCCAGACUCAUCAGAAAUUUCAUCCUUACGAGAUUCCUGUGCUGGCACUGGGUCACUGAAGGGAGAGCGAUCUGAGUGCUCUGAAGAACAAGUGCAAUCAUCAUUUGCAAGGGAAAACACAUCCAAGAUUGGCAAUGUGAUGGGUGAUGAACACAGCUCAACUGGAUCUUUGCAAGUGAAUGCAGAAAAUAAUAAACUGCAUUCAGCCGAAGUUGCAAGAUGUUCAAAUAAUUUGGAGCUUUUUAAGAUAUCUUCUACAGUAGUCAAGGAAUCUGGCUUUUCAGGGGGAACUAUCAUUGGAUCCGUGCCUGCUGACUGUGCUGAUGGAUCAGGCAUUAUAGAAUAUGAUGUAAAAGUUUGUGAUAUAUGUGGUGAUAUUGGAAAAGAGGAGUCACUUGCUAUCUGUAGCAAAUGUAGCGAUGGUGCAGAACACAUUUAUUGCAUGCGUGCCAAGCUGGACAAGGUUCCUGAAGGUGAUUGGAUGUGUGAAGAAUGUGCCCUCAGUGAAGAAAAUGAGAAGAAACAGCAAGAGAAAAUUGAGAAGGAAGUUGAACCUUUGAAAAAAUUACCCUCUAGUGAAAUCAAGCAAAACCCUCAAAAUUCAAGUGUUCCCCAUGUAAAGGAUACUUUGCAAUCUGAUAUUAAAGGAUUGGGAUUUGAGAAAAUCAGAACACAUAAAGUUAGCCCUUGUCGUCCUUUCUCUUCUAAGAGUCCCACAGGCUCUGCGGAAGCUAUCUCUGCAAUAAAGAGGCCUCUAGGAACAAUUGUUAAAUCAUCUAAUGCAUUGAGUCAUGGCAGCAAAAAAUUGAAAUGUCUUUCAAGAGUCAAAACCUCUGGAACUAAUAUGGUAACUGCCCGAACUCCUAUUACAUCAGGUGGUAAAUCCCCUGCAUCGCCAUUACAAUCUCAGAUGUUAAAAGGAUCUCUUUCCAAGUCAAAGUCUUUUCCCAGUACAAGCUUAAAAGAGGUGGCCCAACCAUCCAGGGAAGGCAGUGGACGGAUGCAAAAUUUUGCUGGAGAAACUAUGAAAAACAACAUUAAGGAGGGAGUUUCCAGAACAAUGUUCAAAUCAUUGUCCUUCAACAGUGCCAUGUCUUGUGGUAGGAAUAAUACAAGUCAUGACCUUAAAACAUUCCCUUCUAAGUUUUCUAGUGGUAGAGAUUUGAUGAGAUUAAGGCAUGCAAAAAGACACUCUUUAGCCAAAACCAAAAAGACAUUGAGUUCAGCUGUUGAUGAUCCUGCUGCAUUAAAGGUUUAUGAGAAAAUUACACCUCCUGAGAAAACCACUUUACCAGAGUUCACCAGCUCCAGUUGUCAAGAUCCGCCAGCUGAGAAAGGUUAUUCAAGAUCAAGUAAUUCACUGGAAUUUUCUGGUUAUCUGGCUCAAAGAGGCUUCCCAACUGAGGAGAAAAAGGAUUGCAUCGAUGCUGUGAGGCAGCAUGUUGAAUGCUUUGCGGAAGCAGCACCUGCCACCAAUGUAAAUCAUUCAAACGCUGCUCAUUCUGAAGAAAGGACUUGCCUGAGAGAUGCAACCUUGUUUGCUUCUUUGAGGGACAUUACUCCUCAGAUUUCUGCUAUUCCAGAGCCUGAUCACCUAUGGCAAGGCAGAUUUGAAAUUUCUAGGAGCAGUAAGCAUCCAAUUAAUUGUGAUGGAAUUCAAGCACACUUGUCAUGUCUUGCUUCACAGAAAGUUCUAGAAGUGGUGAAAAAACUUCCUCAAAAACUUCUAGUGGCAGAAGUACCUCGGUUGAGUAUAUGGCCAGCUCAGUUCAUGAGAAGUCAGGCCAGUGAAGAUAAUAUUGCUCUCUACUUUUUUCCAAAAGAUCUUGCGAGUUACGACAGAAGCUACAAGGGCUUGGUGGACAGCAUGAUUAAGAAUGAUUCCUGCCUUAAAGGGAAUUUUAGUGGAUUUGAGCUGUUAAUUUUCUCCUCUGACCUGCUUCCUGAUAAAGCCCAGCGUUGGAAUAAGAUGUUGUUUUUAUGGGGUGUGUUUAGAGGAAAAAAGAUUAAUUGCUCAGACAACUUGCCAAGACAGAGGAGCUGUACUUCUAGCUUGAAAGAGGGAUCACCUAAGCAUGACCAAUCCACUCAUUCCAUGUCUGCUUCAGACCCGUCUGGACAGUCAAGUGGAAGCUUUCCUGAUAAUGCACAACAAACACCAAACUCUACCACCUUGAUUGACGUGCAAAGUGUUACAUCUGGAAGAAUGGUCGAAGUUUGUGAAAUCAAAGUAUCUUCUCCUGAACUGAAGUUUUCGGAUUUGCAAACAACCACUGAUCAACAGGUGCGCCCAGUUGACCCUCAAAUGAAAACUGAGGUGUUGUCUGGUGAUGUGCCUUGUCCUGAACAGAAGUUUUUGGAUUUGCAAACAACCCCUGUUCAACAGGUGAGUCCAGUUGACAAUCAAAUAAGAAGCGAGAUGUUGUCUGGAGACCUGAAUUGCUCCAGUUCUUCCCAGCCAGGAGAAACAAAUUCUAAGAAAAGACCGGAAAUUGAUCUGAACCAUUCUCUUGAAGAAAAUGAAGACAGGUUGAAGGUUGAGGACGAACAGCUCUGCAAGAGACCGAAGCUUUCAACUAGUGGAACGGGUGAAUCAAAUAGUUUCUGGGAUGUGAAGAACUCGAGUUAUAGAUUUGCUUCUAAUGCAGAUGGCCACGGUCCUCAUAUUUCUUGUGAACCUCAUGAGUUUGAGGGAGCUAAUCCAAUGCCAGAAUCUUCUCCCAGCUUAGAUUUAGAAGGUGGGCAGAAUAGGCUGAGCUCCAUGGUUCUUUCAAGACAGAAUGAGCAUCAAUGGCAUAGUGGCACUCCGAAUCUUGAGCUUUCACUUUGGCCCUCAAAGCAGAUAAACAUCCCUGUAUCUGAAGCCGAUGCAUCUCUUGCUCUAUCACUUGCAUUACCAUUCCAUGAGGCGCCAGAAGUGUCAAAAUCCACUCCUGAAACAAAGUUGUUGCUGCUGCUGCCUGGGUGGCGAGACGGGAGCUCUUUUUGAUGGUUUUUCAAAGUUUUAGGGUUUAAAAAGAUGAUAUGUAAAUAGAUAAAUGAUAGUGUUUUCUGGAGCAUACCGGGCCUCUAAUAAUGAUCCACAGAAUUAUAGUUUUUUUUUUCUUAAAGCAUACGGAGGAGGGUUUAAAACAAUUACAAGGUUCAUCUGUAUAAACAAAGUGUAGUUUUCUCCUUUAAUCGGUUAUGCAUCUAUAUGAUAUUCGACUUCAUUUUUGGA